UUCCUUCCUACAUACAUAGUCGGAUAAUUGUUGCUUUGUGCGGCGAUGGUUGGUGCAGCGGCCGCGCGGCGGGCCUGGCAGUCGAUCGUUGUCAUGGCAGCGUCCGGGCGGCGACCCGCCAAUGUCGUCGGUUGCCAUGGUUGCGGCCAGGCGGAGGGCCUCAGGAGACGCCGCGGCCGCGGGUAGGUAUCCUACCCCGAGAUGGACGGGGCGCCCAGGGAGAAAGUAGACCUGAUCUCCUCUGCAUUCGGCACACUGCCAGAAAAGGAACAGAAUGAGACACUGUGGCGAUUACUCCGGGCCUGCCAGAUGUCACAGCUGAAAGAGAUCUACAAUGAACUCUGUUCCUUGUUAUCUAUUGACUUUGUGUCAACACUACCUCAAGAGCUGGUGGAAAGAAUAUUUUCAUAUUUGUCUGCAGAUGAUCUAUUUGGAAUAGCAUGUUGCAACAAAUCCUGGAGGGAAUUUUCAAACACUGAUGUUCUAUGGCAACCAUUGUGUGCUCUGAAAAGCUGGCAUAAUUUCAACACUGACGAACAACUCUUUUCAAAGGACCAGUUCAGUUUCAGUCCCACAGGUCUCACAUCUCCGAGGUACAAUAAACCUAACCUUUCUGAUCUUGCAUCAUUGUCUCCAACCUGCCGAUGGAAGGAGAUAUACUGCAGGGCGUGUCACCUGACUCAAAACUGGACAUUAGGCAGAUAUACAGUUCUACCUUUACUUCGCGGCCACCAAGAAAGAGUGGAUUGCCUUGACUGUGAUGGGAAACGGCUGGUUAGUGGCAGUUCAGAUAAAACUGCCCGCGUAUGGGAUCUGUUCACUGCACGAUGUCUGCAUGUUCUGGAUAACCACACAGAUGCUGUCACAUGUGUUUGCAUUAAGCAUGAGGUUAUUGUAACAGGUUGUGCUGACAGCUUGAUUAGAAUUUUCCAACUAGAGACGGGAGCGUGUUUGCGAGCACUGAUGGGCCACAGCUCAGCAAUUGAUCAUAUCUGCUUUGAUGGAACAAAAGUGGUCAGUGCCAGCUCAGAUAGAACUCUUCGAGUUUGGUCCAUUCAGGAUGGACGGUGUAGGAAAAUACUCCGAGGUCAUGAAGAUGAGAUUCAGCACUUGACAAUGAAAGAGCAUCUGGUUGCUAGCGCAUCCUGGGACCAUACAAUAAGAAUAUGGAAUAUACAAACAGGAGUAUGUACAGCUCUUCUAAAAGGCCACACAGAAGUGGUGAACUGCUGUCAGUUUGACGGUCGGUUUGUGGUGAGUGGAGGAGGGGAUUGUUUAGUUCUUAUCUGGUCAGUAGACAAUGGAAAAUUGCUGCAUAAGUGUCCAGGACACAUGGGAGAUGUGUACUGUGUGAAGUUUAAUGAAAAGUCAAUCUGCUCUGGUUCAUCAGAUAGCACCAUUCGAGUCUGGGACUUUACAGGGAAAUGUCUCUUCAUCAUGACUGAACACAUUGGGGUAGUCAGGAGUCUACACCUGAAUGGAAAUCGACUUGUUAGUGGAGGUGAUAGAAAGAAGAUUUUAGUCUGGGAUAUACUGGAAGGGAAAUUAGUUAAUGUCGUCCAUAGAAACCCAUCGCUUCUCCAUAAGAUUUGGAUCAAUGAGACAAAGGUCGUUACAGCUUCUCCUGAAUCACCUGGAAUUUUAACAAUUUUGAGCUAUUGGUAAAUUACUGUAGUUAGAUAUUUACAAUUAUCAAUUACUGAUUUUUAUGUAGAAAACUAAGAUGAUUAAACUUUGUCAACUGAGCAAGGCCCAAUGUACUUCCUGGUCAUAUAUUUUCCCUCCCCCAUUCCAUUGAGUCAAUUCUGGAUAACCACAGCGGAGUUUUAUUUUAUGUGACUAUAAUGUACUGAAUU